AUGGACGAUAUCCGUGCGCCGCUUUCUCUGCCGCACUGCUUGGCCGCCCUCGCGUUCACGUUCCUUUCGACGGGUCUCAAUCCGUGGGUCGUUUUCCCGGACUCCGAGAUGGAAGCGCGGGUCUCAAGCGUGCUUGUGACACUUGGUCUCACGGCCGUCGUGUUUGCGGUGCCCUGCGUGCUCCAUGCGCUCAGGUUUGGCCGCGAUCAGUACACGGCCGAAGAGCGCACCUCGAUGGCCGUCGUGACUCUCUUAGCGAUUGCCCACUCGGCAGUCUACGUCUUUGGUGUCCUUCGCGCGUUUCUCGGUUCGACCUCGAGCGCUUUGACCAACACACCACCGCCGCCAGCUUCUCAUGUCUUCCACGUCUAA